AUGUGGUCAACUUUGGUUGUUGAUGUUCUCCUGGGAAACGAUGGCUGGCCACUGCUAUAUCAUGCAGAACCCAUUUGUUUGUCAGUUUUGACAUUUGUCCAUGACAUUGCAAACCCUUUUUUGCGUUCAGGGUGUGUUUGGUUAAUGGGAAACCCUGCAGGUUUCAAGUUGAAUUCUGAGCUGGCUGGAGUAUUAGGCAUGGUUUCUCUGAAUGCAAUACAGAUAUGGUCAACACUCUGGAUUUGUGGUUUUGUCUUAAAUUAUAUUGUUCAAGGACUUGCUAUUAUAGGGAUUCUUUGUGGGUUCACGCUACCUGCUGCCUUGAUUAUAGACAUGAUUGUGUUAGCAACUUCUCAUGUUUCAACUCUUUAUUGGUUGAUUUCACUUCUAUAUUCUUCACAAAUACAGGCAGUGACGGCCUUGUGGCGGCUUUUUAGGGGCCGGAAGCGGAACCCACUUCGUCAGAGGUUGGACAGCUUUGAUUACACUGUCAAACAACAUAUUAUUGGAUCCCUUCUAUUUACACCCCUCUUACUUCUGUUACCAACCACUUCUGUUUUCUAUAUUUUUAGUAUAGUGGGGACAAUGAUCAACCUCGUCUGUAUAUCAAUUGAAGUCACCAUAUCAGUAAUUCAUGCUACACCUUAUAUCAAGUUUUUUCUUCGGUUGGUGCGUCCAGGAAGAUUCCCUUCUGGAAUAUGGUUUGAAAUUUUAGGUUGUCAAAGUACUGGUAAUAAUUCUCCAAAGGUUGAUUUUGCUGAUGAACUGACUUCUUCCAAGGAAGAAUUGCUGCUAAAGGAUUUUAGUGGGCAAAAAUCUAGCAUUCUGGUUUCAGUUCUCCGAAGUAACUACAUGAGCACAGGAAAAGUUAUCUGUCCUCACUACAAAAAUAUUUUUUCGGGGUCUUCUGCGUCAUCCAUUUCCUUAAUAGCACAUGGAAUCCUCAUUGGUCGAAGAGUACCAUACAGACGGGGAACUCUUCUUCCUUCACCAAUGCCUUGGAUGUCCCUGCCCUACAAAGAGUAUUGGCGCCUUUGUCAUGAUUCACUUAUUGCAUGCUUCAGAGUAUAAUGGUCUCAUCUCGACGUCUGGUUCCACUUAACCAAAACUUGUUUUCUUCAUAUUAAGAGUGAUAUUCCCUGCGGCUUCUCAUGAAGGAUUAUUGAGCAUUCUUUAAAUUGGUUCCUCCCUGAUUGGACCAGGGAGGCAUUUCAACGCUCAGGCGUGCAGCCGUGGUAUAUGUGUUCACUAUUCAGCAAUUGUUUACUUUUCCUGUUACUAAGAAAAUGAAUUUGCUUUUCAGGCUAAAAUGGAAUGAAUUUUCCUUUCCUACUA